AUAAGAUUCAUUUCUUCUUAACAAUGGAGGCUGAACUCGAAGUGAGUACUGAGUAGGGUCUUCUUUUAUUAUCAGUCGUACUUUCUUUAUAUCUGCAUUCCUCUUCUUGCAAGCAUUGGAUCAGAUUCUAAAAAGAGAGAAGAAAGGACUGUGGAGUUUUAAAUGGAGAAAGAGAUUUGUAGAAGACAUAUUUCAAGAGAAGGGAUGGGAUGUGUUUGGAUGUUUAUGAACAACAUGUUUGAUUUCAAGCAUGGUGGAUCUAUCCAUAAGCUUUUGAUGGAUAAGAAACGUGGAAGCAAACGUAUCAUAGGUGUUGAGACUAAGGUUGAGAAGCAGCUUGCCUGUGACUGUGACAUUGAGGAGAGUGAAGCUGGAAUGCAGAGUGUCAAGAACCUCACUGAAGAGAAGAAGACUCAGCAAAAUAUAAAGUCCAAAAACGGGAAGAAGAGAAGUAGAACAUGCAGCAAAACCAGUGAGGAUAUCAGUGUUUUGAGCGCUGAUAAUGAUGAUCAUGCAGACAAGAACUCAGAUGAUCAAUGUCCAAGAAUUUCUCAGAGCGAUGCUGACUCAGUAGCUGAUGAUUCAGAAGAGAAGUUCAGUGAGUUGAUAAAGCGGUUGAUAGCUCAGACUCAGAAGGAAACCGACGAGGUAGAGAACUGCAAGACCCUAGUGGAUGCAUCUCAGGUCAUUGGUACUUCUCCAGUUUCAGGAGAUUCUCAGAGAAUCAAAGAGACAAGCUCCCAAUGCACACAAACAAUUGUAAUCUUGAAGCCUGAGCCACAUGGCUUGGAUCUUGGUUUAUCACCUGGAACACAUGCUACAUGCAACAAGGCCAAGAAUGGGAGAUCCGGUUCACGCUUCAUUCUCAGUAGAAUCAGAAGAAGACUAAAAUCUUCUGCUAAGAAGAAUCCAUGCAAUGCUGAUGCAUUGUCAUCAGACAUGAGUCAACACUCUUGUCUGGGAGAGGAAAUAGAGACUACUAGUUCCAGGCGGCAUGUUUCAGCUGGAGAUAUAUUGGCUCACAUUUCUUCAAAAAGUGAGGCUAGUAAAGAAGAUUCAGAGACGAGUAUGAGUGGUAUAUACAUUGCAGCCAAGAAACAUUUAUCUGAAAUGCUUGCAGAAGGAGAUGCAGAUGUUAAAUCACCUAAAGAAGUACCAAGAAUCCUUGGGAAGAUUCUUUCUCUCCCUGAGUUCUCCACACCAGAGAACAGUCCAAGAGUGACACUGGCGCAUGAUUUUGUUGGUCAUCAGAUAGACGAGACACCAAAUAUUCAACAAUGCAUCUCAGAAGAUUACUCUACAGGAGGCGUUUUAGACACUGGGGAUGUAGAGAAGACUGUUCUGGAUUCAUAUUCUGAAGCAGUUAGCUCUUCCAUUAUACACCAAGAUGCAUAUGUUGAUGAAGAGAAGCUUGAAACUCAUGAUGAGCAUGAGCAGACACAACCACUGGAAAAGGUUGCGUCUGAGUGUCAAGACAAUGCCGCUGAUGUGCCAGGGAAGUCAAGUCCUGUGUCUGUUCUUGAGCCUUUCUUUACAGAUGAUGACACUAGUCCAAAUAGCUCCAGGUUCUCUUCAGUCGAAAUGCGGUUACAACCACGGUGCAUAAGAUUCAACGAGCCUGAUUCUCCAACAUCAGAGAAAAACAAUGAAGUCAAAACUAGAAUGGAUGACAAAGAAUUGGCACUUGCAUACAUUCAAGCAGUGGUCAAAUCCUCAGAGUUGAACUGGGAAGAGCUUCUGGUGAGAUCCUUUUAUUUGGAGCAGGUUCUUGAGCAGGCUCUAGUGGAUGACAUAGACUUCCAUCCUACAAACUUCUGCACGGACAAGAAACUUCUCUCUGACUGUAUCAAUGAAGUUCUUAUGGAGUUCUGUGAGCACGGCCCUUGGAUCUCAUUUGCCAAACCUGCUGUCCGGUUUGGCCCAGACAUGGACAAUGUUGUUGAAGUGGUACAAGAAGAGGUUUACUGGCAUCUCAUACCUUUGCCUUCUCCACACACGUUAGACCAGAUAGUCAGGAAAGACCUGGCUAGGACUGGAAACUGGAUGGACCUCAGCUUUGAUAUUGGCUGCAUCGGUUCUGAAACAGGUGAAAUAAUCCUUGAUGAAAUAUUAGAAGAGAUCAUCAGCAGCUGCUCAGACUUGUUCCAGUCAACAGUCCAUUGAGUUUAACUUCUCCAACCAACAGUCACUACCAGAAAGUAAACUUGUGCUUACAAGAAAGACACUCAUGAUGGUCAAUAGGCUCCUUUGUUUACUCUGUAUAAUUUCACUUCCACCUCCAUGGACAAGAUCUAGCUUCCCUUCUUGUGCAAAUACACACAACCCACAGCUUUUAAGUACCCUAAAGACUGCAACAAACGUUUCUUUUUUGUUUUUUUUUUCCAUUUGGCCUCUGUAGAGUUUUGAGUUCGGUUGUGAAUGUUAGAUAUAUGUUCCUAUAUGAGGAUGAAUAAGACGAGGCUUUGAACAUAUCUGAAUUUUCAUUAGCAGUGGUUUAGAGUGUAGCGUCUUUUUCUGUAUCAAUUAAAAUUUCA